GCAUACGGUCAUACGUGUUAUUUCCGAAAGCCAAUUUUGUGUCACACCUCCUCCGCUACCACCAUUCCACACCACCGCGGGUCCUCCCGCCAGCCUCGAGAGAACCGCGCGCCGCGCCCCCAUCUUUUCCCCCAAACCCUCCGCGCGAGCCCGAGGCCCCGAGCGUCAGGCAAGGCCGCACACCGCCGCCGCUUCCCCUCAUCAUCCGUCUCCUCCCCAUCCCUUUCCCCUCAUCCGCAUUCGGUAGGCUGUGGCGCCAGUGUCCGCUUCAGGACUGGAUUGGUCGUGGGAAGCAAGAACCGCCCGCCCGCGCAUUAGAACCCUAGCCCCCGCCAAUCUAACAGCGCAAAGAAUCCGGAAAACCCCCGGCUUUUCGGUCUCCCGAGCCCGGGAGAUCCAUCCUUCGCUGCGUCGGAGAUGUCGUCCGACAUCCGUAAAUGGUUCAUGAAGCCGCAGGACAAGAGCGCGGCGGCAUCUGGAGCCGCCGGGAAGCCCUCGGGGUCGGCGGCUGAGAAGAAGCCCGUGCUCAGCAUUCCGGAGAAGAAGUCGGCGCCCCCCGCAUUGGCGUCCUGUGACCAUGAUACUUCCGCUAGAAGGAAGACAAGCAAAUAUUUUGGGUCAAAAGCAGAAAAGGACUCAGAUGUCCAAAUGGCAGACGCCUCUGGGGGGAAGAGUGCGGCUAAAAGAAAACUUCAGAAAUGCAACGAUGAAGUCAAGGAGGACAGCAAGCCUUUUCCAGCAAAGAAAAUGUUUGAUGAUGAAGAAGAUGACGAUUUUGUGGCACCUGCAAAGAAGAAAACUCCAGUGAAGCCACCACCUUCAAAAAAGCUUAAAGUUGAAUCUAAUGUUGAAGCCCCUGCAAAGACUACUGGUGUUGAUGAUGCUGAGGAUGAGGACAGGAUGGAUGAAGAUGCCAAGACCCCCUCUAAAGGAGCUGGAAGGGGAAGGGGAAGAGGAGGAAGAGGAGGAGCAGGAGCUGCCCCUGGGGGCAGAGGUAGAGGAGGUGGGAGAGGUUUUAUGAAUUUUGGUGAGAGGAAAGAUCCUCCUCACAAAGGAGAAAAGGAGGUCCCAGAGGGUGCCCCUGACUGUUUAUCUGGUCUGACAUUUGUCAUAAGUGGUACCCUCGACAGUCUUGAACGUGAGGAAGCAACUGAUCUAAUUAAGCGUUAUGGUGGCCGUGUGACUGGCUCUAUUAGUAAAAAGACGAGCUACUUAUUGGCCGACGAAGACAUUGGUGGAGUCAAAUCUAACAAAGCAAAAGAUCUGGGUGUUCCAUUCUUGACUGAAGAUGGUUUAUUUGAUUUGAUCCGAAAAUCAAAGCCUGCAAAGGCUCCUGUAGACAAACGUCAAAACAACAACAGUUCUGAAAAGCUUCAGAAAUCACAGACAAAGAGCUCUCCAGCUAAAGUUGAAAAACGAGCCGAAGCAAGUGCUGUAGGCAAAAGUAUUGCUUCAAACAGUAAUGCUGCAAGUGCCUCCGCUGACAAACAAAAGCCCAAGAUUGUUGACCGUGGUUCUAUGCAAUGGACAGAAAAAUAUCGGCCAAAAGUUCCAAAUGACAUAGUUGGCAAUCAAUCAAUGGUCAAACAACUUCAUGAUUGGUUAAAAAGUUGGGAUGCACUAUUCCUUCAUUCUGGCCAAAAGGGUAAGGGAAAGAAACAAACUGACAGUGCAGCCAAAAAGGCUGUGUUGCUGAGUGGACCUCCUGGUAUCGGUAAGACUACAACUGCUAAAGUUGUUAGUCAGAUGCUUGGUUUGCAGGCCAUUGAGGUAAAUGCGAGUGAUAGCCGUGGUAAGGCAGACUCCAAGAUCGAGAAGGGUGUUGGGGGGAGUACAUCAAAUUCUAUCAAAGAGCUUAUCAACAACGCGACUCUGAAUUAUAGUGACAAUCGGUUAAAACAUCCCAAAGCUGUACUAGUUAUGGAUGAAGUUGAUGGUAUGUCUGCUGGAGAUAGAGGUGGUGUUGCUGAUCUUAUUGCUAGCAUCAAGAUAUCCAAGAUCCCUAUUAUCUGCAUUUGUAAUGACCGUUAUAGUCAGAAAUUGAAGAAUCUUGUGAAUUACUGCCUUAUGCUCAACUUCAGAAAGCCAACAAAACAACAGAUGGGUAAAAGAUUGAUGGAAAUUGCCAAAAAGGAAGGUAUUCAAGCUCAAGAGAAUGCAAUGGAAGAGCUUGCUGAAAGAGUGCACGGAGAUAUUCGCAUGGCACUCAACCAUUUGCAGUAUAUGAGCCUCUCCCAGUCUGUGGUCAAAUAUGAUGAUAUAAAGGAGCGACUUAAUAGCAGUUCAAAGGAUGAAGAUAUUUCUCCUUUUACUGCUGUUGACAAACUUUUUGGUUUCAAUGGCGGGAGGUUAAGGAUGGAUGAGAGAAUGGAUUUUGGCAUGAGCGAUCCUGAUUUAGUUCCCUUGAUCAUCCAGGAAAAUUAUAUCAAUUAUCGGCCUAACACCAUCGGCAAGGAUGAAAGUGGAGUUAAAAGAAUGAAUGCUUUAGCCCGGGCUGCUGAAUCUAUAGCGGACGGUGAUCUUGUUAAUGUACAGAUAAGAAGAUAUCGACAGUGGCAGCUGUCACAAGCUGCUUGUUUUGCUUCAUCUAUAGUACCUGCCGCUUUGAUGCAUGGGAACAGAGAAAUCCUUGAAGCAGGUGAGCGAAACUUUAAUAGGUUUGGUGGAUGGUUGGGUAAGUACUCGACUACUAACAAAAACAGAAGGCUACUGGAAGAUGUCCACAGUCAUAUUCUUGCCUCCCAGCAAGCAAACUUGGACAGGGAUGCAUUGAGGUUGGAUUAUCUUACUCUUAUCUUGAGAGAGCUGACUGACCCACUGAAAAAAAUGUCAAAGGAUGAAGCUGUUCAAAAGGUGGUAGAGUUUAUGGAUACAUACUCUUUAAGCCAGGAAGACUUCGAUACAAUUGUUGAAGUAUCCAAAUUUAAGGGUCAUCCAAGUCCUAUGGAUGGGAUUCAACCUGCUGUUAAAAGUGCCUUGACAAAGGCAUACAAACAAGGAAGUAGUUCCCGUGUUGUUCGAGCAGCAGAUCUAAUAAACAUUCCAGGCAUGAAAAAGCCUUUAAAGAAACGAGUGGCGGCGAUCUUGGAGCCGGUAGAAGAGAGCCUACCUGAAGAAAAUGGACUAGCAUCAGCUGAAGAUGAUGAAGAUGGUUCUUCUGAUGCUGAAAAUAAUGAUGAGCUUGUGCCUGCUGACUCUACGCCGAAGCUGGACCUGCAAAGCGACAAGAAGAAAGGAAUCCAAGUGCAGCUUGACCUGAAGAGCAAUGGGGAUGGCCCGCGCGGGAAGAAGGCGCCUGCUGCCAGGUCAAGAGCAACCGGGUCAGGUGGGAAGGCCGCGGCGGGAGGAGGUUCGGCUGGGAAGAGGAAGAGGUAAAUGAGACAUUUGGCGCCUGCCCACAGUUGGCCGGUGGUUAGUUUGGACGCACAGAUCCCUUGGUAAAUAAGGAGCAGGGGUGGUAAGCUUCAGAGUUUUGCUCAUCUAAUGGCACAUGUAGGCACUAGGCUACUGUGCCUGCUCCCAUAUUUUCUCCCAGGGCACCCAUGUCUUGCUACCAGAAUUUGUUUGCACUUAGGCUACUUCCAGGUUGUGGCAAUCGAGAGUUUGGUGUUGUCUGUUUCAUUUAGCGAAUUUGUCAGUACUCUAUACCACGGGUCGUUGCCUCGUUGGCUUUGUCUUCGUAUUCUCUUGUGCAUUUUCGCGUUGGUAGACAGGGUUUUAUGUGUAAAGAAAAUGCAGUAGCGAGGCAUUUAGGCAGGUAAGGAGAAACAAAAAGAUUGCUUGGUUGUGGUUUAC